UCCUCUCUUUAACUUGACAAAUGAGGAAGUUCAGGGCUGAGCUAGUAGCAGCUUCCUUUUACAAUUUGCGGAGGCAGUGGAUGAACAAGUGAAAGAAAGAACUAAAAAGUAUGCACCAUGAGAAGAUGAAAAUAGCCAGAAAGAAAAAUUGAGUCUACUUUGUUUUGCUGGGAUCAUUUUUUUUUUUGAGAUCACAUGCAAAGCUCUUGAGAUCGAGCUCUUGGGUGAAAAACAGGAUGCCAAGUUAUCAACCUUGGUACCAUGGCAAUAUAACUCGAUCCAAAGCUGAGGAUCUACUUUCCAAAGCAGCAAGAGAUGGAAGCUUCCUCAUCCGGGACAGUGAAUCGAUACAGGGAGCCUAUGCCCUCUGUGUUUUAUAUCAGAACUGUGUGUACACAUACAGAAUCCUGCCAAAUGAAGACAAGAAGCUCUCUGUCCAGGCAUCUGAAGGAGUGCCUAUUAGGUUCUUCACAAUGCUACCUGAGCUGGUGGAGGCGUAUUAUAGCCCCAACAUGGGUUUAGUCACCCACCUGCAGUACUCUGUCCAGAGGGAGGAGGAGGUAGAAGAGGAGCCAGAACAAAACAGUCAUCCUCCACAGCUCCCACCCAGAAACAUCCCACUUGACAGUGACUACAAGACUUCAGAGCAAGCCUCCAAAUCCUUAUCAGACAUAUACCUGGCGAAACUGCAGCAUAUGGACUUGUCCAUCUUACCAGAAGAGCAUGAAAUGGCCAUCCAAGAAUACUUCAGGACUUCAGUCUGCUUAGAUGCUGAACAAGUUCAAAACGGUAACCCUAACCUGCCUGGCCUCAAGAAGCUUAUAAUGGCAGUCUGCAAGAACCUAAACAGUGAAAUUUCCCGCGUCAUGCCAACUCUGGAGGUGUUUCACAGAACGCUGGACCAACAGCUCUCUCCAGGGAUUGGACCAAAACAAAAUUUCUGUGAUUCGGGUCCUGUGUCCUGUAGACUUGAGCAACUAACAAAACUGCUCUACUCGAUAGAAGAUAAGGUUAAAGGUUCUGUUUUUGAGUAUGUUGGAUUUGAUGCGGGCCCACGGAAAUCUCUCAUACCAGUCGUUACGUUUGAGGUCAAACAAGAAUCUCUCGGUAUUUCCACAAAGAUGUUCCUGAAAGUGGACAUUGAAAGUGGGAAGCUCUACUUUAAGAAGUCAAAAGAUGGGCCCGAAGACAAAUACUUUGUGCAUAAUAAAAUCCUGCAGUUGGUGAAAUCCCAGAAAAUGCACGCCAAGCUGGUCAUUGUGGUGGAGACGGAGAAAGAAAAAGUUCUGCGGAAAGAGUUUGUGUUUGAUGACACAAAGAAAAGAGAGGGCUUCUGUCAGCUGCUUCAGCAAAUGAAAAACAAACACUCAGAAAAGCCUGAACCAGACAUGAUCACAGUGUUUGUUGGCACCUGGAACAUGGGAAAUGCCGGCCCUCCCCCGAACAUCAACUCCUGGUUUCAGUGUAAGGGCCAAGGGAAGACACAAGAUGACACAGCAGAUCAUAUUCCACAUGAUUUUUAUGUCAUUGGGACUCAGGAGGAUCCUUUGGGUGAGCGAGAAUGGGCAGAUACAGUGAAAGGUGUCCUGAGGAACAUCACAAACAUUAGCUUUAAACAAGUGGCAAUUCACACACUGUGGAAUAUUCGGAUCGUGGUCCUGGCCAAGCCUGAGCAUGAAAACAGGAUCUCUCAUGUUUUUUCAGACAGCGUGAAGACAGGGAUCGCCAACACCUUGGGAAACAAGGGAGCAGUGGGAGUGUCCUUCAUGUUCAAUGGGACAUCUUUUGGCUUUGUCAACAGUCAUCUGACCUCUGGAAGUGAGAAGAAGCUCAGACGGAAUCAAAACUAUGCCAGCAUCCUGAGAUUUCUGAAUCUAGGAGACAAGAAGCUUAAUCCGUUUGACAUCACAAAUCGCUUCACGCACCUCUUCUGGCUUGGAGAUCUGAACUACCGCGUUGAAAUGGCAUCUUCUGAAGCUGAAAACAUUGUGUCAAAGAUCAAACAGCAGCAGUACCAGGAACUGCUCACCAAAGACCAGCUCAGCAUGGAGAGGAAAGAGAGCAAGGUCUUCUUGCAUUUUGCUGAAGAAGAAAUCACAUUCGCGCCCACGUAUCGAUUUGAAAGAGACACACGAGAGAGGUACGCCUACACAAAGGCCAAAGCGACAGGGACAAAAUACAAUUUGCCAUCCUGGUGUGAUCGCGUCCUGCGAAAGUCAUAUCCUCUGGUUCAUGUUGUCUGCCAAGCAUACGGGUGCACUAAUAACAUCAUGACAAGUGACCACUCCCCAGUGUUCGCCUCAUUUGAAGUUGGAGUUGCCUCGCAGUACGUUUCCAAACAAGAUCCCAGCAGUGCGCCUCCUGGUGGAAUUCAGAUCAUGAACUGUGUGGCCAUCUUGUCGACAAAAUCGAAGACCAAGUUCUUCAUCGAAUUCCAUUCCAGUUGCUUGGAGAAAACUGUAAAGACUACAGAGGGAGAGAACAGCGAGCACUCCGAUGGGUCUAUAAAAGUUUGGUUUGGCAACCAAGUAGAGCUGACCCCUAUCAUCUCUGACCCCGAGUACCUUCUGGACCAGCACAUCCUGAUAUGCGUGAAGUCGACGGACAGCGACGAGUCGUACGGAGAGGGCUGUGUCGCGCUGCGAGCCGCUGAGAUCAGCUACACCGAGUUUCAGAUCACACUGACUCAUCACGGGGAGAAGACGGGAACACUGACAGGUGGCAUCCAGCUACGCACCUCUGAGGGCAAGCCCACUGAGAAGCUAUACGAUUUCAUCAAAAUUGAAAGGGAUGACCCCAUCGCCUCAAAAGGCAAAUCUGGAGACCUCAAUAAGUCUUGUAGCAACCAACCACAUGAUAUUUCGAACCCCAAUUACAUGGGAGUGUCAUUCAGAGGUGGGAAUGUGAUAGAUAAAGGCUGGAGUUACAGCAUGCCACCGCGAAAUGUUCCCUGUGGUGGACAAGCCGGAAAAGAGCCAAAGAAGGGUUACGAUGGGAGUACACGCAGCCCCACGGGAAAGCCUGCUUCUGUGGGUGAGAACGGAAAGACGUCAGAGAUGUUUGACAACCCGUUGUAUGGUUCAGUGACCAAAUCACAUGGUCGGUCUAAAGACCAAGACCAACAACAGAAGGACCUUCUCAUACCCCCAGAUGUGCUAUUUGGAUCCUCCAAAACAGCAGACGGAGAUACCGAUCGCCCUCCGGUGCCCACCCCACGCAACCGCUCCUUCACCUGCUCUGAGAACAAACCUCAGCCUCCAACACCAGUCAGCCUGCAUCCCCCAUCACAAAAGAAACCAGUGGUGCCCUCACGCUCAGAAGGCGGGAUGGGCCUAAGCCGCCCUCCUUUGCCUGCUAAGUCCCGACCGGGUGUGCCGGAGCCCCAGACCCCCAAACCAAGAGACUACAGAGACACCUCAGAGCUCACCAGCAAACACAGACCACCAGGAAGACCUGACGUUUCCAAGACGGGUCGCCCUGUGAAGUGAGACUGAGAGGUACAGCUUCCUGGCUGCAUUUCUGGAAAUAUUUUUAAAAACCCUUGUCUCUCAUUUUAGAGGACAAUCACAUAUCUGUGCUGUCAUUAUAGAGAAGUCAGUUCGCUUAGCUUUGCACCUGUCCAAAGGUCUAAAAAAUUCAUCUGCCUGACAUCCUCAAAAACUCACCUUGUAAGUUAGACAAGCAGUUCCCCUUUAUUUCCAGUCUUUAUGCUAAGCUAAGCUAACUGGCUUGUAGUUAGCUUAGUUAUCUACUUAUCUGAGUGCUAGUUAGACAUUAAAUGGGUGUACCAGUGUCUAACUCAGCCUUCAAAUGUAUGUAAACUCAUUUUUUAGUUUCUUGGAUUUCUGCAAAGCUCGCAUUGGAACGUAAGUUUGAACCUGAAACCUGCUUCUAAAUUAACUGUUACAUUUCAUUUGGAGUUUUUACACUAUACAGUAGCUGAUGAAUGUUUACCGCACAGUAUUAUCUUGCACAGACAUGUUUGCCUUUAAUAUGUGCAAAUGAUGCUCCAAUGAAUUCUAAUAUUAAAGCUUGAAUUACA